GAGAAAAGAAAAUUACAAUCGUUUGAUGCUUGCGAAAUUGGCAAAUAACUUUACACCAAAGUUAGAGUAAAUAUUUGCGAUAAUUUGUGUUUCCUAUUGAAAAAGUUAGCAUUAUAUAUAUAUUUAUAUGCAUAUCUCUUUUUAAUGUACAAAGGGCGAAUAUGGAAUCGAGUACAUAUAGCGAAAGCGAUGUGUCGGAAGAUAAUACUUCCAUAUUAAGAGAAAAUAUGAAGGAAGAUAAACCAUCGCAUGCUAAGGGGAGCGGUCUCUCAAGUGUUUUUUCUACAUUUUUUGCUUUUCUGACAUCCACAGCUGCUCUUUUGAACACUUGCUCCUUACCUUCACUUAUAGAUAAGUACGAUGCUGUGGCUAAGCCGGCUUGUUUGGUAGGACUAGUUGAAGAAGGGCCAGGAGAAGAAGAAGAAUGGAAAAGGUACACUUGGGACAAUUGGAAGACAAGAUUGGAGGAGGAUUUCAAUGAAUUCUAUUUUUCCUUGGAUAAGGAAAAAAAGGAAUGGAUUGAAGAGAAAGAAGGGGAAUGGGAAAAACUGAUACACGAAAUGGGAAAUAAAUGGACGACUCCUGAAAAAGGUUUUGACAAUAGGGCACAUUUAUCUGAUAGUCUAGAAGGGUCAUCAACAUGGAAUGAUUCUCAGUGGGAAGAUUGGAUUAGAACAAAAGGGAGUCAACUUAUGGAAAUUGAAUGGGAAAAUUGGAUUGAUGAAAAGGAUUCCCUUUUUAAUGAAAUGAUUUUGAAAAAAUGGAUUCAGUGGAAGAAUUCAAAAAUAAUGAGAGAAAACGAAAUGGCUAAAAUGGAAAGAGAGAACCAGUAG